AAGGAUCCAUCACCGCCAAGCCUUCCCGCCUCCUGCACUUCCUCUCCCGAGCUUCAACCAGCCUUGUUCCACUCCCUCCCUCUCCCCCAAUCAAUGCCUCCCCGACUGCGCGGCGUGCUCGCAAAGAGCCUGGCGCGUCCACUAGACAGUGUCGUCUACUGUCCCUCCUGCUCGACAUGCAGACGGCUGUCGACGCGUGCCGGCGUCAACCAUCACGCCCGCGGUGAAAAGAACACUGCCCAUCGCCCAUUGAAUCCCACUGCAAUCCCUACUCCUCGUGCUCUCUCAACAUCAACUGUCAUCGGUGUAGGCAAGACUGUUCCGCCACGGUUUAAGGAGCUGUACGGUGCGCUGGAGGGGGUGCGAGAUGCGGCGAUCGAGCAGGUGAGCCUGAGUCGGCUACAGCUUGCGCUGCGCGGGUUGGAGUCUGAGACGCCUCUUAUUCGUGUUGCUGUUCUUGGGCUGGACAAUGCGGCUUCAGCACGGAGACUGGUACGAUUGCUGCUCGCUGACCCGUUACGACCGCGCGAGAGCUGGGAGGAUAUCCUCGAGACCUACGACGCUGAUACGUCACGGGGACUUUUGAUUCGAUACGGGGAAGUCUCGGAAUCUAUCUCGAAUGACCUGCUGCCGACGAUUGCGAUCCCAUCACCCAUCCUGAAACAAGGCAAUUUGGAGAUCUUGGUCAGUACGCUCGGCUCUGAAACUGAUUUUGCCGGCACCACCCUCACUGCGGAUACCUUCCUCGUUCCGACUGUGACCAUCCAGACCUCGCAUUCUGGUCGGCAUAACGUUGUGCGGUACCCUGUGCAUCGGAGCAUUGUAUGUGGUAGCGGAGUGGAUGGGCUACUAGCGUACAGUUCUCUGGUCGGCCAGUCAGACCUCAAGAACGAGGUGGCUUCUGUCCGCGGAGCGAUCGAGCUCCCCGUGGCAGAUAAGAAUCCAAGCAGUGACCGGCUUUCAUUGGUGGAUAUCCACCGCGCGAGUGAAGCACUUGAUAAGUUCCGCGAGUCUGUGCAGAACGUCUCCGAAUACGAACGCGGAUGGAAUGGUAGUGGCGUGCAAAAGGUGAUCGACUGGCUAGCAUCCUCGCAGGUCCAAAAGGAUGGAGCAUUGAAUCCGGCUUUGUUGCCCCUCAUCGAAUCCCUUCUAAACUCGGCCGAUGAAGGGGUGCUAGCUCGAGAUGAGAACGCUAUCAAGCAUCAGACCACUGGCGUGGUUUCUGAUGCAGUGCGUGCCAACCUGGAGCGCGGCAUUGCCGUCUGGGCUGAGCGGGCACAUUCAGAACUGCGCAGUUCCCUCGAGGCUGGCUUUGCCAGUCCCCGAUGGCGGGGUCUCGCGUGGUGGAAGCUCUUCUGGCGCGUUGAUGAUGUGAGCAUGAUCACCUCUGAGAUCCUGGAGAAGCGAUUCCUCCGCCGUGCCGAACGCGAGGUCAUCUGGACUGCGGGUAAAUACCACCAGGCAGGUCUACUGGCAGAGCAGCCAUCCAUUUCGCUCUUAGAGUCUGCACCCUCCGACAAUUCCGUUUCUUCCCCCUGGCCGACCCAGAUUCCAGACACCCGCUCCAAACUCCUCACAACCACCGUGCCAUCCCUCCAAGCCCUAGCACAAAACCUGGUCCUUUUUAGCGUGUCCACGACAACACUAACAUCCGCCCUCUCCGCACUAACCUACGUCUCCAUUCCCUCCGCCUCCAUCUACGAAUCCUGCACCUUGGCAGCUGUAGGCCUCAUCUACUCGCUACGUCGUCAGCAGAAGAAAUGGGACGUGGCACGCGGGUUCUGGGAGGAUGAAGUCCGCGAAGAAGGACGGUCAUCUCUACGUGAAACGGAGUCGCUGCUGCAUGAGGUUGUGAGCGAGGGCGGUAGGGACGUUGAGGAUGUUUCUGAUCGGAGGGCUCGUGAGAUGGUUGAUCGAGCUAAGAAGGCGCUAGAUGGGCUUAAGACGUGA